GUUUAUUUAAACAUAUGAUGUAAUUACAUCAAGGACAAGAUUUCAAGAAAAGAAGUUUACAAAAAAUUAAGACCAUUCUGAGUUAAAUUCACGUCGCAAUGGGUGACGUAGCAGUAUGCCCUUGUGGUGCAAACCUAUGCCUCGGCGCAGUCAUUGAACAACAAGAAAUGUCGCCAACACCGCAACAGUUGAAAUCUCCAUGCCUACUAGCACCUCCUUCUGUUUCGGAAACAAGAGACUGCCAAGAAAACGAAGGAAAUAAUACGAGAGCAUUGGAUUUGAUCUAUCAAAUAGAACAAUUGUUAGAACAAGCUGCUUUCUGCCCAUGUGGAACUUUGUGCAACGGGGCAUUCGAGGUACCAAAGAAAAAUGACGACGAACUUAUUUCCCCGGUGAAACUCCAACAUCCAAACCGGGAAAUUUACAUUGAAAGACAAAGAGUGCCCUGCCCUCACUGUCAGAAGAGGUUUCCAGUCGAGAAGUUAGAAUACCAUAAGAAGAUCUGCUUCAAGUACCAUCAAAAGAGAAAGGCAGUUGUUCCCUACAACGCAACGAAGCAUCGGUUGAGAGACCUAUCGAAAUCAAACAGAAAAAGGGCAAAGAAAGCAGAACGCCCACCGAAACUAACUGAGAUCGAAUGGAAAGAAGAGCACGAGGAAUGGAAGACUCUUAUGUCUUCAGAUCUAGCUACGAAGAAAGAGGCAAUGUUCAAAGACUAUCAAUGGAAACGUACAAAGAUGCGCCAGUGUAAAUCAUCCGAAUACCUCCGGGAAAAAGGAAUCAUCUCCUGCCCAAUUUAAAAACUCGAAACAUAUUAAAACUGGUGUUAUAAUGGUAUCAAGAAAUACAUGGUCUCAUAAAUCCGUUUGAA